AAAAUCUUUACUGCUUUAGCGCUGGCAGAAACUUUCCCGUUCGAUAUUGCACGGUGUCGAUUACGUCGGUUGUCGCAGAAAAUGUAUUUUUAUCGCGAAAAAUAUUGACACUUCAUUCAUUUAUUCGACACGCGGACAGUUUUUCUCUCGGCAAUGCCGCAUAAUUUGAUCACGACAUAUAAUUCGAUCCACGCACGGCACGCACACACAGGAACGUGUGCCACGUGACAGCCACUUAUCGGAGCAGUAUCGGCUGUCAGGCGCCUCCGGCCCUCGCCUCCGCUCCGCGAGUCGCAGAGACAUUCCACACUGGUCGUAGUAUCGCGAGUUCAACGGAUGCGAGUGCGUCGCAGCGGAAAUGGAGCCGGGAACGCUGGCGAGGGUGCUGCACGACUUCCUCACCACCGUCGACGGAGAGCUGAGCCUUCCCAAGGGACAUUAUUUCCUGAUACACGAGAUCGCGGACAAACACUGGUGCUACGGCCAGUCUCGAGACAGAGUCGGCAAGUUUCCCUUAAGUCACCUGCAUAAAGUGGAAAUACCUCAUUUUAGCGAUACGGAAAGACUGUUCGUUUCUACAGCUAGCUUCCCUGGACAAGAAAGUGGAGAUCUGUCUUUUGCAGAAGGAGAACUCAUAAUUGGAACGAGGGACAUAGGUUCGGGAUGGUGCGUGGGCAGAAUAAGCUCCAGAAAUGGAAUUUUUCCAAUGACACAUACGUGGGAACUGGACGCGACAUUGAUAAAAAAAACGAUAAGAAAUAAAUCAAUAAGAAAAAGAGCCAAAGUAAAAACGACACUGAAGGCACAACUUGACGAAGAAUUGGACCUGACUGCAGGAGAGACGGUCGUUGUCACGGAAAUUUUAGAUGACGGCUGGUGUCGUGGCGUUGCGGAAGAUGGUAGAGAAGGGAUAUUUCCCGAAGGAUUUAUAUCUUACGUAGAUGCAGAUCAAGAUCAAGUUGAUCAAAGAGAAAUGACAACCGAAUGUACAACCGAGAGCAAUCUCGCGUCUUUCUCGACGGUUCACAAUGGCACAACUUACAAAGAUUUUGAUGAAACUUCUAUAAAUUCUUAUGCAAACUUGCCUGACGAACCUGCUCCAAACUACUUUGACUUGUUCCCAGACACGUUGCCAGUAACCAAUAAUGCAGAAGACACACAGUACAAUAGUCAUGCGAAUUCCGUCGAUAUUAAACCAUAUGCUAUAACGUUAUAUCCAUUUAAUGCACAGUUUCCAAACGAAUUGAGCUUCGGAGCGGGCGAAGUGGUGCAUCUCGCCAGACACAUCGAUUCCGAGUGGAUAGAGGGUAUGAUCGAUGCCACUAAAGGUAUUUUUCCAUCAUCUUACGUCAAUAUCAUAGUCGAUUGUGCGGAAGCAAAGCAGCAACAAGUCCAAUCUGAAGUAAUUUCUGCGAAAAAAGAUGCUCUGGAACCGGGAGUUACUGUAAAAGUGCUGUAUACCUUUGACGCACAGAUGGAUGGUGAUUUAAACGUCCACGAGGGCGAGAGUGUCACCGUGCUAGAAAUGGCUAAUGAAGAUUGGGUGAAAGUGAAAAAUCAGAGUGGUCUAGUUGGUUUGUGUCCACGGGAAUACUUGAGCUCGGUGUCCGAACAUUCGUUGGACAGUCUGCAGGAAUCGAAUUUGGAAGACUUUGAAGAUUUUGUGAUGAUUAGGCAUAAGGAAGCGAACGCUGUUGCAAGCGAGGAACAAAAUCCGAAGAGAAUGUCGCAACCGCACAGGCCAGCGCCACCAGCUCCUGCUCCAGGCAGAGUGCCAUUACAGAAGGAAACUGUUAUUGCGAACGGCGAAGUAUCUGCUCACACGAAAGGAACGUGCGAAAACGAAUGUGCAAUCAAUAAUACUGUAGAUAUGAAGCAGAAGCAUGCGGAUCAACGGCAAAAUGUAAUAUCGGAAUUGGUUAUAACGGAAAAAGAAUAUGUUCGCGAUCUGAAGCUAACAUACGAAACAUUUAAUUUGCACAAUCCGAGUUUCCUCGAAUCGAAGGGGAUUGAUGUCGCUACGUUAUUUGGAAAUAUUUUGGAAGUUAUUCACGUUGCUGAGGAGUUAUUGGAUAUGAUUUUGAGAGCUAUGAAAGGUUGCGAUGAAAGUUUGCAAACAAUUGGGCCUUGCUUCGUGAAAAUGGCCGAAAAAUUGAAAAAUGUUUAUGUUAAAUAUUGCGGAAAUCACGAAGCUGCAUUAGCUUUGUUAAAAAAGUAUGAAAAUAAUGAAGAGAUCAUGAAAGUAUUUAAUAAGGGUAUUGAGACAUUACGUCGUCAGGUUGCUUGUUUUGACAUGAGCUCUAUUCUGAUCAAGCCGGUGCAAAGAAUUUUAAAGUAUCCACUAAUAUUAUAUGAAUUAACAAAGUGUACAGAAGACAAUCAUCCAGAUAAAGCAGCCAUAAUGGAGGCGUGGGAGGCUAUGACAAAUGUGGCCAGUUACAUCAACGAGUACAAACGGAGGAAAGAUAUCGUAUCGAAGUAUUUAGAUAAUGAUAAUACCUUAUUUAGCAAAAUGUCAAAAUUAAGUAUGCACUCUGUGGCGAAAAUGUCAACAAGAUUAAGCACGAAAUUGUCGGCGAGUCUGGGAUUGACGAAUGUCGCGAGCGAUACCGAGUUCGAGGAAUUCGAGAAGCAAUUUCGAUCUAUAGAGAAAUGUACAUGGCAAUUAGUGAAAGAUAUUGAACAAUGUAUGACAUAUCUGAGUGAUGAAGCUAUGUCCGGUGAAGCGAUAGCCGAUUUGCUGGUUCAUUAUUAUCAGGGAAAUCCGACUGCCGAGGUGAAGAAGCUGCGGGAUAUAAGAUCUGUAAUUUGGUCACAAUACAUACGGGAUUUUAAGUCGUACAUCGAAAAGACAGUCAGCGCACCAUUAAAUUUCCUGGCGACGCUGCUAGAAGGACCGGCGGUGUUGGUAGCGAAGAGACACGAUAAGUUGCUGGAUUACGACGCCGCUAUUUCAAAGAGUGAGAAAUCUAGAGAAUCAAAAAUUGUACAAGAAGAAUUAUUCACUGCUAAAAGUAAUUACGAAGCUCUGAAUCAACAAUUACUGGAGGAAUUGCCUAUAUUGCUGGACGCAGCAGCGAACAUUUUAGUUACGUGCAUAAAUGCUUUUGCUGGCGCACGAAAAUUAUUAAACGGAAGAAUUACCAAGCAAUACUUGACCCUUUGCGAAACAUCACCGCAUAUAUCGUCGCAAGAUGUGCUGGAAUCAUUUCUCGUGAAUCACAAUUUAAUAUGGAAUCAAAUAACGCGUUUCGCAUUUGCUGGUGCGAAUACUCGAAUAGACGAGGGCCAAUCGCAAUUGUGUAAACAAACUGAAGAGCAGAGAUCCUCACUCAGAGAGAAAUACACUGCGGUAAAGUUGUAUGUGGUGGUUGAAGAUGUUGUCAGUACAUCUACACUGGAGGUGGAUGCUGCGAGAGGUACGUUGAUUGGAGUUAUAAAAAAACAAGACCCAAUGGGAGACACGGCGAGAUGGUAUGUCGACACUGGAGUCACUCAAGGGUUUUUGCCUUCUCAAAAACUGAGACCGGUUCGGCGGCAAGCUCAGAUCACGAAUAACGAUCCAACUGUGUCGGAUGUCGCUGCUGUCGGGAGAAAGAGUUCCAGCCCUCCAAAUUUGAUGUCGUUGGAUUCACCAGAAAAAGAGAUCAAGAAGGUGUCUUCGUCGCAUUUGCAAGAUUUGCUCUCAUUAAAUCAAGAAACGAAGGUAAAUCACAAUUACGGCAACGUUCCCGAAACGCCGAGAGUUCGAGUGUAUCAGAAUGUACACAGCGAAUUUUACUACGCGAUGUACGAUUUUGCUGGGAACAUGCAGGGUACGUUGCCCAUUACUAACGGCCAAGCCCUGCGACUUCUCAGACCUCAUGACGAGAAAGGAAACGAUGAAUGGUGGCUCGUAGAGAAUCGCGACGGUAAACAAGGCUACGUUCCACGGGAUUAUUUAAGCUCGCCUAUUAAACCAAAGCCAUAACGAUAAAACUUAAAACUAAGCACAAGUUUUACAUUACAGUUUUAUGCUAAGAUCGUGAUCUCGACUGCAAGAUUAAUAAUCAUUGAUAGAAACUUUCGAUAUAGUAGCGAUUUGUCAGUAUUUGAAUUAUCUCAUAUACAUGUAUAUUAUUGAUAUUUUAUGUUAAUGAAGAAGCUUUUUAUACAGGGUGUUCGGUAAUCGACACAGCCGAGUGCGAAAGUGAAUUGGGUUAAAUUGAAGAGAAAAGACCUUUAGCGUUUUGCAAUUUUUGCAAUAAAUAACGAGAUUAAUAAUGAUCCGCGAAUUAGCGUGUGUCCGCACGAUUCGGCGAGAAGAGACAGUCCAGCGUUUACCGUUGCUUGGCGCGCGACGAGGUAUUAGGAGUGUUCUGUAAACAACAAUGGCUAUGCACAAAUGACGCGUGACGCUGAAUCUUCACGCACCUAGCGACGGUAAACGCUGGGCUGUCUCUUUUCGCUGAAUCACGCGGACGCACGCUGAUGUGCUGUUGAUCCAAUCACGCUGUUUGAUCCAAUGCCUUACCUUCACACUUCGGCUAUGUCAAUAAUUACCGGAUACUAUAAAAUUUUUUAUCUGGUCUGAUUAAACCUAAAGAUCUAAAGGAGGUGAUCAAUCAAAAUAUUAUUAGAUAUCACGCCAAUACUCGAAAAUAACUUUUUAACUUUUUAAAUUCCUCGUUAGUACUUAGGUUUAUACAUACUUGUUGUGCACUCUUUAAGAUUUUUACAUAUAUAGUAUAUACUGAAUCAUCGUUGCAUUAUUAUAUGCAUGUAUAAAAUGUAUUAAAUGUAAUAUAUGCAUGUAUAAAUGUAGCGCUUUAUCAGAAGCAACUUAUUUUUUUUUUCCUGUGACGGUUGGAUCGUCAUUAAUAGUACAGGAUUAAAAAUUGAUAUUAAUUUUAUUGAUAUUGUAGUAUAAAAAAUUGCACGUAUGCUUCUUGCCUAACAAAAUUGUGUUCCAAUAAAUCAUUUUUAUAGGAAGCAAUACAUGCCACAAGCCUAUCAAAUAAGUAUACAUAUAUUUGUGAUAAUCUUUUUAUUUGUACACAUUAAUCAUAUUUUAACUACAAUCAACUUUUAACGUGCAAUUUUUAAUGUAUAUUUGUAUAUAGUGUUGAAUUUUUCGAAAAUUAUAUAUUAUUUCAAAUAUGAAUACUUACGGUAAAGAUAUUAAUAAAAAUAUUACGAAAAGAACACUGAUCAAUUCUUAAUUAUGACCGACCGUUAUUUUAAUUCCAGUUAGAAAUUUAUUAAAUUGCUUUAAUAAUAAUUUAUUUGAAGUAAAUAAUACUUAUUACUCAAAAAAUAAUAUACAUAUAAUUGUCGUGCCAUUUCAUUAUUGUUCUAGAAUAAAUUUAGCAAGCUAGUUUAAAACUAGUAUCUGAUUACAUGGCUCAGCAUUAGGAUUCUCGUUUAUUGAUACAAAACAGCGCGCCGGAUGCCAGUUGAUUUCUUUCUUAAUAAUCAUUUUUAUUAUACAUAUAUUUAUAAAAUUUGAUAGUUUAAACAAACAUAUACCAGAAAUUCGAAAUAUUUGAUAUAUUAUAAAUUAUAGGACAUAGGGAAAGAUUGAGAAAAAUGAAACACAGAUGUUAUUUAAAAAAGGAAAAAUAAGACAUUUUGGCUAUAUUAUCACCGUAAUAUAAUAAUGCGUUUACUGUUACAAUCGACAGUAGGUACAGCAAUGUUACAUGGUGCAUGUACCACGGCCCUAUAAG